AUGACCUCAAUUAUCAAGCUACAAGUCUUCUCCGGCGCAAAAGACGAAGGCCCCCUGUGCUAUCUGCUGCAGGUGGACGGAGAUUACAUUUUACUCGACUGCGGAUGGGACGAACGGUUCGAUUUGAGAUAUUUUGAAGAGUUGAAACCUUUUAUUCCGAAAGUGAGUCGGUUGACAAUGUUCCCGUCAACUUUUUCCAUUUCAGAUCAGCGCAGUUCUCAUCUCUCACCCAGAUCCGUUACAUCUCGGCGGAUUACCCUAUCUCGUAGCAAAAUGCGGACUCACUGCGCCAGUUUAUGCGACAGUCAGUCUCUCCGAAGCGCUGCCCACGUAAAAAUGGUUGUUUCAGGUACCUGUCUACAAAAUGGGUCAAAUGUUCAUCUACGACGUUGUGUACAGUCAUUUAGACGUCGAAGACUUUGAAUACUACUCUCUGGACGAUGUGGAUAUGGCAUUCGAGAAGGUGGAACAAGUGAAAUAUAACCAAACUGUCGUGCUGAAAGGAGACUCCGGAGUGCAUUUCACCGCGUUGCCCGCAGGUCACAUGCUCGGAGGAUCCAUCUGGCGGAUUUGUCGAGUCACUGGAGAGGAUAUCAUUUAUUGUGUCGACUUCAAUCACAAAAAGGAGCGCCACUUGAAUGGAUGCUCGUUUGACAGUAACCAAUUUUCUUCGGACUUUGCCAGAGGAUUGAAAGUUUACAGAUUUUAACCGUCCUCACUUGCUCAUCACCGGAGCCCAUCACAUUUCGCUGCCGCAGAUGCGACGGAAAGAUCGAGACGAACAGUUGGUGACGAGGAUUCUGCGGACAGUUCGGCAGAAGGGAGACUGCUUGAUUGUGAUCGACACGGCCGGAAGAGUCCUCGAACUCGCGCAUCUUCUGGAUCAGUUGUGGUCGAAGUGAAUUCACAUCUAUUGUAUACUUUACAAAGCGUUAUUUUCAGCGCGGACGCAGGUUUAUCUACUUACAACCUCGUGAUGAUGUCCCAUGUGGCUUCCUCAGUUGUCCAGUUCGCCAAAUCGCAGCUCGAAUGGAUGAAUGAAAAGCUGUUCAAGUACGAUUCCAGCUCUGCGCGCUACAAUCCGUUACCCUGAAGAACGUGACUCUCUGCCAUUCACACCAAGAACUGAUGCGAGUACGAUCGCCGAAAGUGGUUCUGUGCAGUAGUCAGGACAUGGAAUCGGGCUUCUCGAGAGAGUUGUUUCUGGAUUGGUGCGUCGACACCAGGAACGGAGUCAUUCUGACCGGAAGACCUUCCGGGUAUACUCUCGCCGCAAAGCUGGUCAAUCUGGCCGAAAAGGCCAACGAUGGAGUACUGAGCCAAAAGGAUCGGUAUCUGAGUCUGUUGGUGAAAAAGAGAGUGGCACUGGAAGGAGAGGAACUGUACGAAUACAAAAGACGGAAAGCGGAGAGAGAUGCGGAAGAGACGCGGUCCCGAAUGGAACGAGCGAGAAGACAGGCUCAGGCGGCAGAAAGCGAUGAAAGUGACGACGACGAGAUGGCGGCUCCAAUAGUCCCAAGGCACGCAGACAAGGAUUUCCGGUCGUUCGAUGGAACUGACAACGAAGCGCAUUGCUUUGAUAUCAUGGCCAAGUGGGACAAUCAGCAAAAGUAAGUUAUUGUAUCCCAAAAUCCGUACAUGAUUUGAAGUUUAAGGACAUCGUUCUUCAAAACAACGAAGAAAUCAUUCCCAAUGUUCCCUUAUAUCGAAGAAAAGGUGAAAUGGGAUGAUUACGGAGAAGUCAUCAAGCCGGAGGAUUACACGGUCACUUCGAAGAUUGACCUGCGAAAAGGACAGAAUAAGGGCGAACUAGUGGUUGUGAAGAAGCGGGAAGAGGAAGAGGAAGUGUACAAUCCGCUCGAUCAUGUUGAAGAAAUGCCGACGAAAUGCGUCGAGUUUAAGAACCGGGUGGAGGUGCUGUGUCGCAUUGAGUUCAUAGAAUACGAAGGAAUAUCGGACGGAGAGUCAACGAAAAAGCUGCUUGCUGGUCUGCUGCCUCGUCAGAUCAUCAUUGUGCACGGUUCGAUGCAAGACACCCGAGACCUGUUCGCCUAUUUCAAGGAGGCCGGAGUUGCGGAAGGAAAGAUCGAAGCGCCGGCGACUGGACAACUCGUCGACGCUUCGGUCGAAUCGUACAUCUUCCAGGUGGCACUCAGCGAUGCUCUGAUGGCUGAUAUUCAGUUCAAGGAGGUGUCCGAUGGAAACAGUCUCGCGUGGAUCGACGCAAUAGUCACGGAGAAAGAUACCGUUGACGACUUGCUCAUCAAGCGCGCCACCCGUCUCAAUAUCAACGGUUCACAGGAAGAAGAAGAAGAAGAAAUGGAGAAAGACGUGCUGGAAAUUGUCGACGAGCCGAUGGACACGGAUGCUCCUAGAGCGAUUGAAAGCAAUACUAUUGCCGAGAAGGAGAGCGCUAAAAUGCCGCCAGUAAUCGGAGGUCCGAAAAAAAGAGUGCGCGGAAACAUGGUGCUGGAGCCCGUUCGGAGUUUGAAGGGACCCAUCCACGCGGUAAGAAACGACAGACUAGUCAUCUUCCUACGUUAUGAUCAGCUUCAAAAAAACUACGAUCGGUGCCAUAUUUUGUGUUUCCGGUCAAUCGAAAGAUCACUUUCUGUCUUGUCUAUAAAUAAUCAGCUUCCCACCGACUUUCGAAAGUGUUGCCCGCUUAUUACGCACUUGCUUUCUUCUUUACAUCUUAUUGGAUUGCUGAUAAGAGCACACAAGACUGUUCUUUGCUGCUUCUAGUCUAAUUUUGUGUCACGGAAAAGGACAGCGACGAUUUUGCACGCUGCUCUUUUUUCCCGUAAACCAAUUCAUUCAAUUUACAGUCCGUCUUUGUUAACGAUCCAAAACUGACCGAUUUCAAGAACUACCUCGUCGACAAAGGAUACAAAGCAGAGUUCGUCGGCGGAAAUCUUCUUAUCGACGGUAAGCGUACACUUGGCUCCGUGCCAACUAUACACUUUUCUCUAUUCAGGAACGUGCUCAAUUCGUCGUCAGGAGACUGGCAUGUUUAAAAUGGACUGCGCAAUCACCAAACAAUAUUACCUUAUUCGCAAACUUUUCUACGAUCAAUUCGCUGUAUUGUAA